AUGGAAAACACAACACACUACGCUGGAUUCAUCAACAUUAUUGGCAACCCCAAUGUAGGGAAAUCGACCCUCAUGAACCGAUUGGUGGGUGAACAACUGGCCAUUAUUUCGGCCAAACCCCAAACCACCAGAGAUCGAAUCUUGGGCAUGGUCAAUGGCGAUGAUUUUCAAAUGGUGUUUUCGGAUACACCCGGGGUUUUAGAUCCAGCCUAUCCUUUACAGGCCAAUAUGAUGGAUGAAGUAAAACGCGCCAUCGAAGAUGCCGAUAUUAUAUUAUUGGUGGUUCAACCCAAAGAGUUGGAGUUUCAAAAUCAGGCUUUGAUGACUCAACUAAAAACAUCUUCUACGCCCAUUCUUAUAUUGAUUAAUAAAAUUGAUUUAAUCAAACCCGAUGCGCUAGAAAAACUAUCGGAUCAUUGGCACGCCCAAAUUCCCAGUGCCGAGAUUUUGCCCAUUUCGGCCAAAGAAAAAGUCAAUAUUGAUUUUUUAAUCCCUCGAUUGCAACAAUUGCUUCCUGUUCAUCCAGCCUAUUACCCCAAAGAUCAACUGACCGACAAACCCGAAAAAUUUUUAAAAUCCAAAAGCAUUCAGGCCGAAAUUCAUGAAAUCAGUGGAUCGGUUGAGGUGGCCCCCAGCAUUGGUUUGGCCGAAGGGAUUUGCGAUUUGGUGAGUUCUGGCAAUACGUUAUUUAUGAACGGAUUAAAAGAGGUGGAGGUGUUGUUGCACUCUGAAGCGGUAUUGAUAGCCAGCCCCAAUUUGUCGCCCGAAAAACAAGCCAUUUAUGAGCAGUUAAUUUUUAGAAUAGAAGCCACCCAAAGGGCUCAACAAAAUAAAUAUGUGGUGCUUAAUGUACCCAAUGAUAAAAUAUCGGCCAUUGCCCAAGUGUUAUCGGGCAUUAAAAGUCCUACGGUGGUUCCACUGGCGCAAGAAGGAUGGAGUGCCCUGCAUUCGGUCAUUCCCGAUAAGGAUUUUUGGUCAUCGAUUGAUGAAUUAAAACGCAUGGGAGCCGAAGGCAUUUUGGUUAUGCCCAUCGAAAAAAUGGUGUUAUGA